CAAAGAUUUUGGGGUCUUUCCACUUCAUCUUUUGUUUUGGUUUGAAAGCUCAAAUUAAACUCUCUCUCUAUCUCUCAAACUCUCAAGUCACAUUGUCUCACAAAUGUGGUAUUUUCAUUUGACUCUCUAUUGACAUGUAUUUUGUUAUUUUUUUUUUCUUUUCAUUGAAAAUUCAGUUUAAAAAGGAAAUUUAGAUGAUGAGUGGAGAAGGAAGUGAAGGAGUGAAGUCUAGUCAUCAUCCUUACCCACCUCCUUUGGCUACGUAUGAAGAUGUUGCCAGCUCACGUGAUCUCUUUACAGACACUCUCAAGAAGUUUCAUGCUUCUAUGGGAACUAAAUUCAUACAGGUUUUAAAGGAUAAGAGAUGGAAAGAAGUUACUUCGACUUUCAGCUUCCCCUCAUCAGCAACAAAUGCAUCUUUUAUUCUACGCAAGUAUUACGUCUCACUCCUUUACCACUACGAACAAACGUACUUAUUCAAGGCUAAGUGCUGGACUCCUUCACCUGCGGAUACCAUGCAACAUUUGUCUGCAAAUAUUACAACUGCUCAUGGAUUUUCCGGAUAUGGGCCGCCAGCUGCUCAACAACAAAUUCAUGCUUCAGCUAGUAAUUCAACUUCAAAAUUGCCCCAAGCAGCAUCAGCAGGUUCAGCAGUUUGUGGUGUAAUCGAUGGAAAAUUCGAGAGUGGAUAUCUGAUCACAGUUAAAAUAGGGCAAGAUGAGUUCAAAGGGGUCCUCUAUCAGGUCCCAACAAACCACAACACACAAUCUUUUCCAAGUCAACAAAAUUUUGUGGAUGUGUCAAAACCGCCAGGUGGACGUCGCAAGCGUAGAAAGAAGUCGGAAAUAAGAAAACGAGACCCGUCUCAUCCCAAGCCCAACAGAAGCGGCUACAAUUUCUUUUUUGCCGAGCAGCACGCGAAGCUCAAGCCACUUUACCAUGGAAAAGAUAGAGAGAUAAGUAGGAUUAUUGGGGAGACUUGGAACAAGUUGCUAGAACCCGAGAGAUCAGUUUAUCAAGAGAAAGCUGUGAAGGACAAGGAGAGGUACAAGAUUGAAAUGGAGGAUUAUCGGGAAAGAUUAAGGACAGGCCAAAUCCCUAUACGUCAGCCGCCGAUAAUCAACUUGAACGAUUUCGACCCAAAUCUUGUUGGUAGUAUGUAUGAGGCCAAAAGUAGCAGCUUGGAUUUGGAGGAUGAAAACGAAAGUGGUGCUGACAAGGAUUUUGGGGAAUGUUCGAAACCCAACAACCAACUCAAGAACGUUGAUAUCAUGGAGGACAACAUGGCAUUUGAGUUUGCAGAGAAAGGUGAUGUGCACAACAACGAGGAUUUGUCGGCUGAUCGAGAAGAUGGAGUAUCGGUUCCCAUAUCCUAAUAACGAUGGAGCUUAAGAUUUGAAAAUAUGGUGGCAUAUUGGUUUGAUAGAGUUGAACUUUGCUCCUCAUUUACUCCUAUCCUCAUUCAUUGGCCCAACGCUUGUGCAACUACUCAAAUUCUUUUCCAAAUCAAUGGACGAUAGUUUCUUUAAUUUCUAUCCUUCAAUCAUCUCAACAAACAUCUAGCUGUUCACCUUGGUUUCUACUUAGAGGUUUUUGAUUAGUUGCAAUUUCAGUUCGAGUAUUUGAUAAAUGAGAUUUAAAUUAACAUCUUGG